AAGGGUCGCAGGUCAGGCAACAAAUAAAUGGAGUAGCUUCUUGGAAGGAAGCAAGAGCCAGCAAAUUGAAAAGGCCAGCGAAGCUUUGCAUUGAUUCAAUGAUUGCAUGUUUUGCACAACAUGUGCAUCAUGAACGUGAACCUUCCAUCUUUUUAGCAGCACAGCAACCGUCUUCCGGCCUUCAGUGUGCGCUGCCUGCUUGUUUUGAAAUCACCAUCAGCUUGCAUAAAGGGAGGAAGUGAUACAUAAUGAUUUCGGGGUUUUCUCGAGAGGACAUUACAAAGCGAUUAUCCUAAUACCGUAGUGCAAUUGCAACAGGAAGGAGUUUUGUGCUCGAGACCAGAGAAGGAAUGGCCACUGUACGAGCACCCCCUCAAGCAAACCCGUUGGAGGAUGUGCAGAUCCUUCAUAAGGCGAUGAAAGGUUUUGGUUCGGAUGAGAAGGCCAUCAUCUCAGUCAUUGCGCACAGGAUGUGGUGGCAGAGACAGGCCAUUGUCCAGGGCUACACAGCGUCCUAUGGUGAUGACUUGUACAAGAAGCUCAGGAGUGAGCUGACUGGCAACUUGGAGUCUGCGGUGGUUACCUUCCUGAUGCAGCCAGCGGAAAGGGACGCAGAGCUCCUGCGCAAAGCAUUACAGGACGGGAUAAUGACAGAUGAUCAGGUCCUGAUCGAGAUCAUCUGCUCCCGCUACCCCAACGAGCUCCAGUCCGUUGUGUACGCUUACAAGACCAAGUACAACCGGGACCUGGUUGCUGACGUCAGGUCCACGACACGUGGCGACUUUGAGCGCGUCCUCGUGGCGUGUUUGCAGAGCCAGCGGCCGAUGGGUCCCGAGGUCGACAUGAACCGGGCGCAGUACGACGCGGAUGCGCUCUACAAGGCGGGGGUGGGCCGGAUAGGAACUAGCGAGGGCGAGUUUAUCCGCAUCUUCUGCACGCAGAGCUCGGCGCAGAUGGCCGCGAUGGCCGACGUCUACGCCAGGAAAUAUGGCCAUGACAUCGAGAAGGUGAUUUCGAAGGAGCUGUCGGGCGACCUAAAGCGCGCUUUCAAGGCCAUCAUCCGCUCCCUCCGGAACCGGCCCUACUAUUUCGCCAAGUGCCUCCGCAAGGCAAUGAAAGGCAUGGGCACAAAUGACCGGGCGCUCAUCCGGACACUUACCACCCGGGCCGAGUUUGACCUCGCGCAUGUCGCGCAAAUGUUCCAAGCAAAAUACAAAAAACCCCUCGCGCAGAGCGUGCGGAGCGAGACGAGCGGCUAUUACAGGGACUUCCUUAUGGCAAUCAUGGGUGAAUAGAAGUUGGCAGCGGUGCGUCUUUUGCACAGUGUAUGAGUAUGUGGAAAGGAGGUCUAUGGCGGCUUCUCCGCCCUUAUAAUGCAGCAGGCCUCCGUGCAAAUCAGGGACAUAGAUGCAGUCACUAGGUAUGAGAUUCGUGCACGCUCUGUAAGUCAUACUUUCCUACGUUACGAUCUUGUGAACAUUUUCAAGGAACUUCUACAGGCUGGCUGUUGAAUAGCCCAGUUUCUUGUUGAGAGACACUACAGCGCGUGAACACGACAGCUCUUUAGCUUUGGAUAUAGAUCAGCAAUGUGGUGCGAUCUGUUACCUUUUCAUUCACUUUGAGGCGGUGGGUCCAUGCAACAUAUAUCGGCUUUGCUUAAUUAGUUUGGGUGACCAUCUGCAAUCGAGCGCUCAGUCGGCAUGCACGCUCUAGCUCAGGCUGAUUUGACACCUUAUUAUCAUCUCGAGUACGCCCGGUAAUGACACAUUUUAUUCGUUCUCCGAUUGGUCGAAACCCUUUACCCGGUGACUUCGUUGACCACGAAGUCACCUCUUAUAAAGCGCACCCUACCCUAGAUCGAGACUUCAGAACAUCGACACCGUCCAGCUUCCAAUUAACCAACGGCAGAGAAGUACACCAGUUGUACCUACCGGUAUGUCAGGAUACCUAGGUAGGUAACUCUUGUCGACCGGACGGUCUCCCCUAACCCAGAGACUUGAAACUUAGGAUUAUCUUAGACCCCAGAAAGAAGUGUUAAUUUGAGUGUAACAUAUGACCCCACUUCAGUGU